CAGCUCUAUUGGUUAGUCCGGACCGGCUCGGUUUUAUGCAUUGUUAAAAUAUAUUAUAUAAGCAUGAUGCGGAGUGUUAUUAACCAAUUAUUGGGUCUCAGGCUCAGCGGUAACUGCGGUGUUAUGGUUACACAGGUGCGUGACAAGGGCCAUUUAAGCAGACCUCGUCAGCGGAAUCCCCAAUGGUUUUUGCGUAAAGAAGUCACAAAAUACGAUGACUUGAUGACAGCUGAAAACAAGCAGUUCGUCAAUGAAGUUGGUAAUGAAAAAUUUGGUGCUCCAGCAAUUAUAAAAGAGAAUUUGAUCAAGACCAAGGAAUCAUCCACCGAGGCAGUUUGGACUCCUGGUUUAAGGAGGUGCGGUGUUAUAGCUCGAAAAAUUGGUCAAUAUCCUCUUUGGCUAAAGAAUGGCGAAAGAAUACGCACAACGCUGUUGCAGAUUGCGGAUAACCAUGUUAUUAAAUACAUUCCUCCGGAAGAGUAUUUACCAGCCCAACCUCCAAAAGUUCACAAUUUGCAUAAGCGAGGAUGUAUUCUCGUUGGCUCCGAGACCACAAACCCAGCUCUGCUGACCAAAGAAUACUCGGGAAUAUUUCGGGAUUCUGGUGUUGUUCCCAAGAAGAACUUGGCGCGAUUCAUCGUUUCUCCAGAGGCUCAACUUGAGCCAGGCACUCCCCUAAAUGUAAAUCAUUUCGGCAUCGGUGACUUUGUCGAUGUUCGUGGCAAAACUGUUGACCACGGGUUCCAAGGUGUUGUCAAACGUCACGGAUUCAAAGGAAUGCCAGCCUCACACGGCGUUACAAAAACACAUCGGCGUGCCGGUAAUAUUGGCGGAGGUGGCGAAAAGGGUCGUGUUUGGCCUGGUACAAAGAUGCCUGGACAUAUGGGAAAUCGGUGGCGUGUUAUUAAAGGAUUACGUGUGUGGCGUAUUAACUCGAAAUAUAAUGUUAUGUGGGUGCAGGGCAGCUCAGUGCCCGGCCCCACUGGCGGUCUUGUCUAUAUAUACGACACAAUUUUACCACUACGAAGGAACAAGGAAGCCCCUCCAUUCCCAACGUUUUACGGGGAGCCGCAGCAAGCAUCAGAUGAUAUAUGGUUCGACAAGGUGCACAACUUUAAAAGCGAGUCAAUAACAUAUGAAAACGAAUAACUUUAGUACUUAAGGUAUUAUAGAAAUCUAAUUUGUUGUUUUGAAAUUAAAAACUAUUUUAUAUACAAAA